GUUCCCCACAGCCACAACAGUCAUUUGGACUCAACACUCGAACUGAGAAAGUAUCCUCAUCAGUGGAGAAAAAUCAUCAACUACUUCCAAAUAUCUUCAUUCAGUUUGUUACCCUGAGAAGAAUUUCAACAACAGCAUCUUAGAAAUGGCGAAAAGAGAUCUAAGAACCAAAAAGGACUUUAGGAGGGAGAUGGAGGAACAGUCCUUCAUAAUAGAAAGACUUACAAAGGAGAUGGACUGUCUCAGAGAAAAACAAGAGACACUGGUUUGGGCAAACAAAAGCCUGCAGAAGAAGAACUCUGCAGCUAAACGUGCCAUCAAAAACAUGAAAGCUGAGCGCCAGCAGAUGCUUGACACUUUAAAAGAGAAAGAAGAUCAGAUCUCUGAGAUGAGCGGGCUGAAGGAGGAGCUGGCAAAGUCAGAACUUCUGGUCACAGAGCUCAGAAAAAUGCUGGAAGCUCAGACAGCUGCCCUCGUAAAAGAGAGAGUGGAAGCUGAGCAGAGCAAAAACGAUUGGAAAACCAAACAUGAGGCUCUGGAGAAAAGCUACCAGCAGGAGUUGGCCUCCAAGGAGAGGAGUUUCAAGGUGGAGCUCUCUCUGAAGGAGGAGAGCUUUAAAUGUGAGCUCUCCGAGAAGGAAGAGACUUUCACAAAGAAGCUCUCCAAGAUGGAGGAGACUUUCAAUCUUGAGCUCAGUGAGAGGAAGCAGAGCUAUGAAAACAAGCUCUCUGAGGAGAGGGAGUUUUCCAAACAGGAGCUCUCUAAGAAAGAGGAGUCCUUUAGAACGCAAGUCCUCAUGAUGGAAGUGAAUUUCAAAAAACAGCUCAUUUUCCAACAGCAGCGUUUCAAACAGAGAGAACCUAUAAAGAAACCCACUCUCCAUGAGGAGGUUUUGAGAAGGGAACAUCUCAAGAUGGCAGAGUGCUUCAAAGAAGGGCUCGAUUUAAAGGAGCAGACCAUCAGAGAGUUGACCCAGCGUGAAGAGACCUCGAACGAAGAGAUAAAGCGCCUGAUUAUUCAAAACAUCCAGCUUCAGGAGCUUGCCUUGAAAAAGAAAAAGAAGAAGAGGGGCUUCUGGAGGCGUCGUAGCAACAAAAUUGAAAUCCAUGAUGGCAUGAUGGCUGCUGCUGCUGGUCAACAUGGACAGCAGUAGCUCCCUGACAUCACCACCACACACCAUAACCCCAUCCUUCCUUUCCCCCUCUCCUCUAUCCUAACCCCAUCCUUCCUUACCCCCUUUCCUCUAUCCUAACCCCAUCCUUCCUUACCCCCUUUCCUCUAUCCUAACCCCAUCCUUCCUUACCCCCUUUCCUCAAUCCUAACCCCAUCCUUCCUUACCCCCUUUCCUCAAUCCUAACCCCAUCCUUCCUUACCCCCUUUCCUCAAUCCUAACCCCAUCCUUCCUUUCCCCCUCUCCUCUAUCCUAACCCCAUCCUUCCUUACCCCCUCUCCUCUAUCCUAACCCCAUCCUUCCUUACCCCCUUUCCUCUAUCCUAACCCCAUCCUUCCUUACCCCCUUUCCUCAAUCCUAACCCCAUCCUUCCUUACCCCCUUUCCUCAAUCCUAACCCCAUCCUUUCUUACCCCCUUUCCUCUAUCCUAACACCCAUCUUUCCUGCUACAAAAUAUAUAAUUCUAUGAAAUGAUA